AUUCAUCAAAUCAAUUGGAAGUAAAAGUAAAACAAAUAAUAAUGUCAGACUGGGAUAACGUUACAAUCAUCGGUUCAAAAGCCCGUGUUGGUGGUGGUGGUCCAAGAACCAACGUUGCUAGAACUCAAGGUCAAAUCAACGCUGCUAGAAGAACUGGUCAAGUGUUGUCAGUUGACAAGAAAUAUUCAACCGGUAACCAAAAAGGUGAUGUUGAAGGUCAAAGAUUAACCAAAGUCGACAGAGAAACUGAUGUCGUUGCUCCAAAGAAGAUUGAUGCUACAGUUGGUAAAACUAUUUCAAAACAUCGUACUGAAAAGAAACUUUCUCAAAAGGAUUUAGCCACAAAGAUCAAUGAAAAACCAAAUGUUAUCAAUGAUUAUGAAGCUGGUAGAGCCGUUCCAAACCAACAAGUGUUGGGUAAACUAGAAAGAGCUUUAGGUGUCAAAUUAAGAGGUAAGAACAUUGGUGAUCCAUUAUUCGGUCCAAAGAAAUAAGAAGCAUAAUGGUUUGUUUUGUUUGUUUUGUUUAAUUUGUCACUUGUGGAGCAUUCUGUUUUCCUUUUUUUAUAUAUCUUUAUGAAUUAAUGACUUGAUAAAUACUUGGUGUGUGGCUCUGUCCUAAAGGCUACAUUCCUGUACACUUUACACUCAAACGGAGCCUUUCUACUUGAAAAGAUGAAUUUAAUGAAACCAAACUUAUUUACAAAACUAUAUCUUAAAUUUAAUGUCAUUGAUGAACAAACUAAUAAUGUAGAAUUGCUCAUUAUCAUCAUUGAGCACCACCAUACUUAAAAGGCUUUCUGGUCACAUCCAAACACCACGACCAAUGUUUUGAUUUGAAAAAAAAAAUCAUGGAUCUCAAUUUUGUAACAGCAAAACAAGUUUUCAAUAACAAGCCUAAACCCUCAAAGAACCCCUUCAUCUACUAUCAAAAUGGCCUCAUUAGAUUUCAC